AUGAAGAGUAAAGAAGAAGGAAAUCACCAGUCCAACCUCCCGUAAGCCACCACCCAAAAUGCAAAAGCUUGGUGGUCGCUCACGGGAGGUGGUCGCUCACGAGGGUCGGGCCGCACUGAAGGGCGAAAUUUUUUAGGCAACCUAGAAUGAAGUGGUAUAUCUAUUCUAAAGAAAAGAAAAUGAAAGUUUGCCUUUCCCUGCUAGCUACUGGUACUUUUAAUGACAAAACGAUUAGUUAUUCUAUGUCACAGUCAGGAGCUCCUGUCACAGUUCAUUUACGGAAGUGUCUCUAAAACUUCUGAUGAAUAAAAACUUUUAAGUUUAAAACUUCUGAAACUGAAACCUGGAGAUAUGAGUCUUUUUCUCAAGGGUAAUGGUUGAUAUUGUAGUUAUAGAUCGAACUAAUUAACACAGUAAUAGAUGUGUGGAUAAUAAUGACAGCCAAAGAAUAAAUUCCUUUUUGUCCCUUUUUAAAAUGUAAUUCACUGUCUAUUAAGACUAUGUGUCAAGUGGUCGCUUAACGGAGGUUUAUAACCAUAGAAAAUUAAUUCUAAAACUGUCCGCCGGAAUAACGAUCGCGGUCGCUUACGGGAGGUGGUCGUUUACUAGAGGUUCCAGAAUAAUGCUUUGAGAGAGAACACUUUUGGUGUUUUGGGAAGGUGGUCGCUUAUGAGAGGUGGUCGCCUACGGAAGAUGGUAGCACGUGGAGUUUAAAAGGAAAAAGGUCCAGUUUACCACAGAUGAAGUUGGAUUAUCUGUAGUGUGAGCCGGAUACUCGCACAUAGGAAUCGCACAGGCCAUGCGUGUGUUCUUUAGUGGUAUCGUUCUAUAACGUUCUCAUAUCGUUCCCACACGGAGAGAGCUUGUUUUAAACUGCAGGCCAGUGUACUAAGGGUAAGAAAUAUAGAUCAUGCAAAGGCUCAGAAAUAUGUAUCAAAUUCACAAAACUUCUAUCUGAUAUGGAAAAGACAAGACAUUUAUGACCUUAAUAUUGUUUACAAUUUCUUGGCACGCAGUUAGCCAAAAACGCUAGUCAUGGCGUGCCAAAUUUAUUCUAUUACCAGAUUACAAAACAGAUAUCACCUGGUAAUAAGUAAAAAGCAAAGAGAAAAGAAAAGAAAGAAUACGUGUAUGAAUAAAACGUCUAAUAGUGCUGUCAGCAAUAGAAGUAGCUGCCAUUUUACACUUUAUUCAGGUUAAAGAAAUACAUCAUGGAGAAUGCUGAAAAUACCAUUUCGAACGACUGGAUUUCGAAAUUUUCUGGGGGAGGAUGCACCCAGACCCCCGUACAAACUCGCCCCUUCGGCGCUCGUUUUUAAGCCCCCCCCCCCCCCCCCCCAGUUAAAAACACGCUCCGCCAUCCCUGAGGACAAGAACGACCACGACUACGAGAUUUUACUCAAAGUUUUUUUCGCGUAUUCUCAAAAAUAGACACUUCGGAAAGCUUCAUUAGACUUUAGUUUACCAAAAGGGUUUGUAAUGUUAUCUUUAUUGCAGGAUAUUAAGCUCGGAUGUUACUAAAACGGGGAACGGGGAGCUGAGAACGAGCACAGGGAAAGGGAAAAUGAAAAAUGGGAACAAAAUCUAACUUGAACCCUGGCCCUAUCGGUAACUAUAUUUCCGAUUCUCUGCAAUUUGUUCAUAUUUUCCAACUCCGUUCCCCGUGCUCCGGCGUUCCCUGCUCCCCGAUUUAGUAACAUCCGGAGAACCCUCAACCGAUCGCAAAAUGAUAAAACUUCUAACAUUUCAUAAUUUGUGUCCACCACUCUAAAGCUCUUUGUAGACUAUCACUAUCGACUAUCGACCAUCACAUUUUCCCGCCAAAAUAACGCUGAUUCACGCGCGAGUACUUAGUAUUGAGAAAAUCUGGUACUCGUAGUCGUCUUCAUCUUAGAAUCUAAAGGUCUCUGCCCUGUGGUCUCUAUUGUUCAAAAAGGCCGUUAUUUAAAAUUAUUUUAGAAAGCCAUUGUUGUCGUCAUCUUUUUGAACACGAAAUAGUUAACGACGAAGUCCGCGCGCUCUUUUGGAAAAACGUUACCGUUGCCCGGUACCGUUGCAAUGCAAGAAGCAAUGAUGCAAACACAAACCACCAAAUUACUUUACCAUUUCUUGAAAUAACAAGAGGUGUUGUUAACAAGUAGGUUUCACUAAUUUAGCUGUAAUAAUAUGAGAGAGGGCCAUAAAGGAAAAAAGAAAAUUGUGUCUUUAAACACCGAAAAGUCGGGUGAAAAUGGAGAAAAAUCAGGUCAACACUUUAAUCUUGCUAAAGAUGUAACACGUAGCAAGGGUUUAACGAAAGUUCCAGUUGAAGAAUUCAGUAAACAAGACCACAGGUAAGUGGACUGAAAUGAGUUUUUUGUUUUUGAAGAAUCUGCUCAAGCAGGAGUUAUACAACUUAGCGCGUCGUGUCGCGCGGCCAAAAAAACUUUGUGAGGACAUAGAACUUGCGAUCACAGGUGGCCCAAGCGUAAUAUGAGAGUUUGAAUGGGAAAAAAAGAGUUUGAAACUUAGAUGAAAUAAAUGAAGUAAAGGCGAUAAAAGUUAGAGUACUUUUACAUCAUCUGACCUGACAGUGUAAUAAUAAUUUAGUCUAUUCGUAAAAACAAAGACAACGACUCCGGGUAACAAUAUCUACACUUUCUUGAUAACUUUUAUCGCCUUUACUUCAUUUAUUUCAUCUAAGUUUCAAACUCUUUUUUUCCCAUACAAACUCUCAUAUUACGCUUGGGCCACCUGUGUUGCGACUUUAAAACAAUGGACUCUUCUUGUUGCAAUUCUGUUAUUCGUCGACCGUCUACAUGAACGCUAUUAUUUAAUCAUGCUACGCCACCGGAGUUAAACCAGUAGUCCAAUGUUGAGAAGCGUGAAUUAUCAUUUGUUCAUCUAUAUUGCUUUCAUUGGCAUAUAAUGCAAUCCCCGACAGUACACUGUAGAUCAGGGCGGAUAAAGGUUGGGCGGUGAAACGAGCGCGUCCGAGCAAAAAGGUGUGAUGCAGUGGACUGGGACUCUGCUUAGAAAUGUCGCUUGUUUUCGACCUCGGUCAGGGCUUGCGAUGUGGUUUGUCCAUGGCACUACCGCUGUCACUGAAUUAUGGCGGCUUGAUUUGUUUUCUUGCAACUUCUUCCUCGUUCCUUUUUGCUGGUACGCUGUCUCCGAGAGGCAAAUGUUGCUAUUUUUUGCGAGAGGUUUAGUUGGAGUAGAUGUUGUAGUUAAUUUUUUAUCCUAGGUAAUUUUUAUUUUUCCUUUGUUUCAACUUCAUUAGCAUACAUUACCAUACCAAAAAACAAAAGAAUAACAAAAAUUACCUGGGAUGAAAAUUUAUCUACAACAUAGACAAACGUCUCUUUCAAAGAGUUUCUAUUAUUACUUGCAUGGCUCUACCACUGAAUUAUAUUUUCGUUCUCUUACUCGCCAAUGUCGAUGUUAUUCCAAAACAAAAACAACUAAGUACUGUCUAAAACACGAAGGAAAAUCUCAUCCAUGUCAUCCAUGGCAAAACAAAAAGACAGCAGAUCGUGUUUCAUAACUAGAUGAUGUGUAUCUUAUAAAUGCGUGCAGCUCGUGCAAGGUGAAAUUAUGCUAAUUUCAAUCACCAUCAUCCUUUUUUUUAAUUUUGAAAAAAACAUCUCAUACGUCUUUCUGUUUCUUCGAAACUUCAAAAUUAGUUUCCCCUCAGUUUUUACUGUUUACCUUGUUUUGUUUUAGAGAGAAAAACGGAGAAAAAACCCUGCAACUAACCUCAAUAAAUUUUGUUUACAUGCGGUUGCCGGAUUUGCGACGCAUUGCGCGAAUCGCCAUGGCGCGUUGCACCCGAGAAGCAAAGUUUGAAGCAGUACAACGCCACUAUAUCAAAAUAUAUCAAUCUAAUUUUUUGUUAUGUCAUGUAAAAUUUCUCCGCCCUUAACAUAUGUAAAAAUUGAGGUUAGGAAGUGUUAAGCUUUUGCAAACGAAACGGCGAAAGACGAUCAGGUGAUAUUUAGUGGAAGGAGGUGGUAUUCAACACUUUCAAAUUAAACUCAAAUUUUGGCAUUACAUGACCAACAAGUUUGACUUAUAGGCAUACAGACACAAACAUAUGAAACUGUUUAUUGAUAUUGUUAUGAAACGAAUUUAUCUAUUUAACAUUGUAGCCUGAAAUUACAGAAAGAAAAUAAAAUUUCUGGUUUGCAAAAAGGAAAAUUUCGCCGGCCCUCAAGCGCACUGGAAGCGCGGAAAGAGCGCUCGUGCCAGUCCUACUCCGCAUCACACAUUAAAUGAAGAGCGGAGCGCUCGUUUCACCGCCCAACAUUUAUCCGCCCUGCUGUAGAUGAACACGUUAGCUAAACAAGCCGGAGCACGCGCGUAACAUAAAUUUUUAAACACAUAUUUAUCAGUCGUCAGUGGCGGAUCCACGGGAUGGGCGCCCCCCCGCUUAUUUUUAGACCAAACUGAGGCCCAAAGGGCCGAAAAAAAAACCUUUUUUUGAGUCCGGCCCCCCUCCCCUCUUAUCUCAGGGUCUAAAAGACCGCCCCCCUCCCCCUUAUCUGAAGGUCUGGAUCCGCCACUGUCAGUGUCCAGCUGAAUGGAAGCAAUACGAAAAGAAACAAGUUCAAUAACCGUACUACAGUGUAGUGAACAGCUACUGCGUUUAGAUACUAGCAGGAGUAACAUUUAUAUACAUAGACGUAAAAAUUUAUUAAAAACAAGUCGCAAAUCCGGAAAUGGCCGGUCCAAACUACCAGUGGAUUUGAACUCCAUAUGAACUGGCGAAAUUGGAUAGGACGUGGCUCCGACUAAACUGACCAAUCACAGAGCGUGUGGUGUGAAUAAAGUCACUGGAAUAGAAAAAAGGGAGCAAAGAAACGAAACGUGAUUGAAAAUAAUAGAUAGAUAUGAAAUCAUAGUGAAUGUGAAUAGUGUGUUCUGACCCAAAUGUUUAUUUAGCGUUACGGACGCGCGGGCACCAGACCCUAACGAGAUUACUUGCUAGUUCUAGUAGCCUCCUGUGCAGGCGUUUUUAGGGGAGUUCGUAUUUCGUCGUCCCUCCCCAUACGGGCUCCCCUUAAAACGCCUGCGUGGAAGGCUGACUGGUUAGGCGCUGGGACUAACCUUUUUGUGUUCGCCGCCUCAACAAAACUCUAACCCGCGGCUCUCUUCAACUUUGAGAUUUACAUACGAAACCAUUAAGAACUAACAAGCAAGUUGGUAUUUUUACUAAAGUAAAAUUUAUAAUUAUUCCACCUUAGCGUGCCUCUUGAUGCCGAACGGGCUGGGAUCAUAGAAACAUCAAGUGGAUACGAAUAUGACUUCGUGUAUGAAAACGCAACCUGCACAGAUAUCUGGGACACGAAUAAACCGCCCGAAGGUAACACCAGUAUGGGAAAAAACGGAAAUUCAUCACAAGGGACCGAACAACAUUGUAACUCCACUACUAUUGUACAACGAAACCAGAAGGAAAAAACAGAAACCACAGAACAGAAAAUUAAAACUUUGAAAGCGCUUCUUCGCAAGCAAGAAAAAGCUGUCAAUAAAUUAAGGCCUGAUGCCUAUAAGAAUACAAACAAUCAAGCAUCAGUGUCUCUUGAGAAAGUAAACAGUUGUUUUAAGUCUUCAAAGGGAAAUCGCCCACCAACAAAACGACGACGCGGAGGAGAUCUGGGGACUAAUGCUCGUAGAAGCAAAAGGAAAAAGGUGGAGAGUACUGAGGUCACAGCUUACAGAGAUGUUGAUAUCUUGAUGAGCCGAGGAGACCUAAUGACUAAAGAUGAGUUUCUCGCUUGUGUUGGACUCAUCAGAGUGGCAAAGUUCAACUAG